CGAGAGGUCACUGGGCUCAUAGCUGAGGGGGCGUUAUCAGUCUGAGGGGUUAUUUGUUUAUUUACAUAUUUAAAGCCUACGUUUAUUCCAAGGAGCUUAAGGUGGCAUCCAUGGUUCUCCUCAUUGUAUCCUCACAACAACCCUGUGAAGCAGAUCAGGCUGGCCCAAGGUCAUCCAGCAACCUUCAUGGCUGAAUCACAAGUUGUUGGGUUUUUUUUGUUGCCAACUGCUACAAUGGACCAGAAAAUUCUGGUCCUAGCAGAUGAAGAAAAAUCGGAGCGACUUCAGGCAUGCCUGCAGAGCCUGAAAGAAAAUGAGUUGAGUGGCUUAAUUACAAAGCAGGCUCUGAGGGGGAAGGAAAUUGGUGCCCUUCUGAGAGGAAUCUUCAAAGGUUCUCCUUGCUUCCAACAGACUGGAGUUGUCAGGAGGCUCAGUGUUUACAAACAUUGUGUCCAGUUGGUGGAAUCCGGGGACCUGCACGUGGAAGUUGCAUCUGAGAUUAUAAGGCUGCUUAUGUUAAAGGCUCAUGAACUGCCAGGCCCUGCACUGGCUGACCUGGCCAAUUUGUUUGUUGAAGCUAUCAAAGUAGGCGGCCUGCUCAGUGCCAGGUCUUUGGAGCUAUUUCCUACAGUUCUGACUGCACUAGCUACAGCUAAAGAGACGCUUGUUUAUGGGGCAGGUGAGCUGAGUGGAGAAGAGUUUAAGAAACAGCUGAUCAAUACACUGUGCUCCAGCAGGUGGGGUCCUCAAUACGUGAUUCAUCUCACCUCCAUGUUCAGGGAUGUCCCAUUGAGUACAGAAGAGCUGCAGUUUGUGGUGGAAAAGGUCUUGAGGAUGUUCUGUCACUUAGACCUCCAGGAAAUCCCUCCUUUAGUUUAUCAGCUGCUGUUGCUUUCUGCAAAGGGUAGCAAGAAAAAUGUUUUGGAAGGAAUAAUAAACUUUCUCAACCAGAUGGAUAAAAAGCAAAAAGAAGAGCAGAGAGAUUCCGAGUCAAUGGACCUCGAAGAAGCAACAGUGCCCUUAGACCAACUUCGUCAUGUGGAAGGCACCAUCAUUCUGCACAUUGUGCUGGCUAUUAAUUUGGACCAGGAUUUAGGAAAAGAGCUAAUAAAAUACUUAAAGACUGAGCAACAAGGGGAUCCUAGCAAGAUCCUGUCUCCUUUCAGUGUAACGAUUCUGCUCUCAGUGGCCAGAAUUCACCGAUUUGAAGAGCAGGUUUUUGACUUUCUGAAAUCUUCAGUUAUGAAAUGCUUCAAGGACAAGCAGUUUCUUCAGGGCUCCAAGUUCCUACAGGAUUUGGCCCCUCAACACUGUGAUAUAUCUGCCAUGGUUUUAGAAGUUGUGGCGAACAGUGUGUUUGGUUGGGAUCAUGUGACUCAAGGCCUGGUGGAUCUUGGAUUCAUCCUCAUGGACUCCUAUGGGCCAAAAAGAUCUUUAGGGGGCAAAGCCAUGGAAAUGAACCACGGCCUUUCUAAAACUCCAGCCCAGCAGGCAUGUAAGUUGGGAGCUGAUAUCCUUUUGGAAACCUUCAAGGUCCAUGAACCAAUAAGGAGUGAAAUACUGGAACAGGUUCUGAAUAGAGUCAUCACAAAUGCAGGCUCCCCUAUCAGCCACUUCAUAGAUCUAUUGUCCGGUAUUAUUAUAUUUGCUCCCCUCAUCCUUCAGCACUCUUCUUCCAAAAUCACAGAGGCCUUUGAUCAUUUGUCAUUCCUGCCUCUCGACACAGUACAAGGGUUACUUAAGGCUGUGCAGCCCCUGCUCAAAAUUAGCAUGUCUAUGAGGGACUCCUUGAUCCUUGUUCUUCGCAAAUCAAUGUUCUCUGGGCAGCUGGAUGCCCGUAAGUCAGCAGUUGCUGGAUUUCUGCUCCUCUUGAAGAACUUUAAGGUUCUGGGUAGCUUGACCUCUUCCCAGUGCAGCCAGUCAAUUGGUGCAAGUCAGGUCCAGGUGGAUGUUCACACCCCCUAUAAUUCAGCAGCCAAUGAGGCCUUCUGCCUAGAAAUCUUGGGCAGCUUGAGACGAUGCUUAAGUCAGCAGGCUGAUGUCAGAUUCAUGCUAUAUGAGGGUUAUUAUGAUGUCCUGCGGAGGAACUCACAACUGAGUAAUUCCAUUCUGGAGAUGCUGCUAUCUCAGAUAAAGCGGUAUUACGAAGCAGAACCUGACCUACUGCCCCCGUUGAAACUAGAGGGAUGCAUCCUGGCUCAGAGAGACCAAAUCUUCCUGCAAGAGCCUUUGGCUCACCUACUCUGCUGCAUCCAGCAUUGCCUGACCUGGUAUAAAAGCACCUUAAGUCUGCACCAACAGGCUGAGGAAGAAGAUGAUGACAAUCAAAGGGGCUUCCAGCAAGAUUUGGAUGAGAUGUUGGAGUCCAUCACACGGCGAAUGAUCAAGAGUGAACUGGAAGAUUUUGAACUGGAUAAGUCGGCAGACUUUUCUCAAUCUACUGGAGUGGGCUUGAAGAACAAUAUAUAUGCCAUUUUAGUGAUGGGCGUCUGUGAGGUCCUGAUUGAGUACAACUUUAGCACAGGGAAUUUCAGCAAGGACAGGUUUGAAGAUGUUCUGGGCCUGUUCAGGUGCUAUACCAAACUUUGUGAAAUCCUGAAAGAGAAAGCUGGGAAGCACAAGCCCCCUUCAGCAAAUAAAAUUGCCCGGAGCUUCCUUUCCAUGGGCUUUGUGUGCACCUUGCUUACAAGUCUCUUCAGGGACUGUUCCCAGGACCAUGAGGAGAGCCUGGCCAUUCUGCGCUCCAGCAGCGAGUUCAUGCGCUAUGCUGUCAGUGUGGCCUUGCAGAAAGUGCAGCAGUUGGAGGAGACAGGGCAAACCGAUGGGCCUGAUGGGCAGAACCGGGAGAAGAUGUUCCAGAGCCUCUGCAAAAUCACUCGAGUCCUGUUGUGGAGAUAUACCUCGAUCCCAACUGCAGCUGAGGAAACUGGCAAAAAGGAGAAGGGCAAGAGCAUCUCGCUGUUGUGCUUAGAGGGUUUGCUGCGGAUCUUUAACACAGUGCAACAACUUUAUCCAGCAAAGAUCCCACAAUUUUUGCAGGCAUUGGAUAUUACAAAUGAAGAUGCAGAAGAAGCAGCAGAUGUUAACAUCACCGAGAAAACUGCCUUCCAGAUUCGACAGUUUCAGAGGUCAUUAGUGAACCAGCUCAGCAACACUGAAGAUGACUUCAACAGCAAGGAAGCUCUUCUGUUGAUCAAUAUUCUUGCCACUCUUUCCAAAUUGUUGGAGCCCUCUUCUCCCCAGUUUGUCCAGCUGUUAUCUUGGACAGUCAAGAUUUGCAAGGAAACUAGCCUAGAAGAUUUCCCUUGCUGCAAAGGCUUGCUAGCCCUGCUCUUCAGUCUGCAUGCUUUCAUCAAGAGCCCAGUCAGUGUAUUGCGUGAGCUUGCCCGGGAUAUCCACGCCCAGCUUGGAGACUUAGACCAGGAUCUUGAAAUGGAGCAUCAGUCCCACUUUGCUAUUGUGAACGCUAAGACAGCAGCUCCUACGGCUUGUUUAUUGGUUUUGAGUCAAGCAGAGAAGGUCCUCGAAGAGGUGGACUGGCUGAUCAAUAAGAUGAAGAGUCAUUUGGGACUGGAGGCAGCAGAAGAUGCCUCUCAAGCAGCAGACCCAGUGCAGCCUCUAGAAAAGGCAAUCAUUCUUCAGCUUGGGACUUUGCUGACAGCUUACCAUGAGCUGGUGCAAACAGCCUUACCCCCGGGGAGCUGUGUGGACACACUGCUUAGGAGCAUCAGCAAGAUGUACACCAUCCUUGCAACCCUUGCAAAAUACUAUCUCCAAGUGUGUCGAACCACAACAGGGGGGAUUCCAGGACGGCUAGAAAAGCUGGUUAGGCUCUCUGGUUCACACUUGACCCCACAAUGUUAUACCUUCAUCACAUAUGUGCAGAAUAUCCAGAGUGAAACCCUGAGCUUUGCAGGAGAAAAGAAAAAGAAGAAAAAGGACAAAGCAAUGGCAGAAGUGUCCACAGUCAUGGCCAAAGUGCUGCGGGAGACUAAGCCAAUUCCAAACUUGAUUUAUGCCAUAGAACAAUAUGAGAAUUUUCUGAUCCAUCUAUCAAAAAAGUCAAAGGUCAACCUAAUGCAAUAUAUGAAAUUGAGCACCUCCCGUGACUUCCGCAUCAAUGUGUCUACCUUGGAGAGCGCUCUACAGGAACAGAACACUGAAGAUACAGAGAACGAGCCAGAUAACGACCAGACCAUUGCAUCUGCACAGUCCAACAACAGCCAGGAACCCAAAAAGAAGAGGCGACGAAAAAAAUAAGAACUGCCUUACUAAGUUCUGGCUUAGUUAUGCUUGCUUUGCAAAGAAUUAAUGAACAAACAUGACUGUCUCUUUUCCAGCCUGGGCUUUAAUUAGGUAUCUGCUUGCCAUGCAAAAUAUAUGGAAUUCCCUGAGUGCUUGUACCAUAGUAGCUUACUGAAGAACCAUCCUGGCACAGCCCAGUUAAAAGUGCAAUCCAUCCUUCUGGCCACCUCGGAGAAGAAAGGGCAAGUCUUGUGGAGUGGGUGGGUGUCUUCUAGGAGGAUUCCCUGAGCUAGUAAGUUACCCAUCAGAUGAAGUCUCAUAUCUUAUUUUGUUUCUCCAAUGAGCCUUUAGUUAUUUUGAGAAGUUGAUAUAUAUCCAGAGCUUCACCUGAAAUAAAUUAAGAGUCAUGUUCCUUUCACAGAGAUAUUUCUUUUCCCGUCAAGGCUACAUAACAGAUAGUGAAAAACACUUUUAGAUCUACUUGUUGCUCUAUAAAUACCACUUGUCCUAGCAAGGUGGGAAGACAGUAGAGCGAGUAACUGACACCACUGUUUUUCUCACUAUUCUUAAUCUGUUCCAAAAUUGCUGGUAUUAUAAGAGAAAGGUAGAAAAUAUUCCCAAAUCCAUGGUAUUUGCAUUUUGCCUAAAUAUUUGCUUUAAAGGAUUCCUACAAACUUAAUUUAGUAAAAUACAUGAACUCUUA